AUGCUAGAGAUCACUUCCCUAUCUUCAGAAACUUGUCUUGGUGUAGAUUUUGCUGCUAUCUAUAGAAGUUCAUCUUUAUAUGAGACUAACAAAGAACUUGCAAAGAGAUUAAGUUCACCACCUAUUGGAGCUAAACCUUUAGAGUUCCACACUCAGUUUGCACAAAAUGGUUGGGGACAAUUCAAAGCUUGUCUCUGGAAGCAAUAUUGGUCUUACUGGAGAAGCCCUUCUUAUAACUUGAUGCGCUUCGCGUUCCUAAUCAUAUCGUCUUUAUGCUUUGGGGCAUUAUAUUGGAAUCAAGGGACAAAUUUGUAA